AUGGCGCUAAACCACACUGCCCCGCCCCAAGAUGAGCGCCUGCCACACUACCUUCGAGAAGGGGACCCCUUUGCUUCCAAACUUUCUUGGGAAGCGGAUCUAGUGGCUGGCUUUUACCUAACAAUAAUUGGGAUUCUGUCCACAUUUGGAAAUGGGUAUGUCCUUUAUAUGUCUUCUAGACGAAAGAAGAAGCUGAGACCUGCGGAAAUAAUGACUAUCAAUUUAGCAAUCUGUGAUCUGGGGAUUUCAGUUGUAGGCAAACCGUUCACCAUCAUCUCUUGCUUCUGUCACCGCUGGGUGUUUGGCUGGAUUGGCUGCCGCUGGUAUGGAUGGGCUGGAUUUUUCUUUGGCUGUGGAAGCCUUAUCACCAUGACUGCUGUCAGCCUGGAUCGAUACCUGAAAAUCUGCUAUUUAUCUUAUGGGGUUUGGCUGAAAAGAAAGCACGCCUACAUCUGCCUGGCAGUCAUCUGGGCCUAUGCUUCCUUCUGGACCACCAUGCCCUUGGUAGGUCUAGGGGACUACGCGCCUGAGCCCUUCGGAACCUCAUGCACCCUGGACUGGUGGCUGGCCCAGGCCUCCGUGGGCGGCCAGAUUUUCAUCCUGAACAUCCUCUUCUUCUGCCUGUUGCUCCCAACGGCUGUGAUUGUGUUCUCCUAUGUGAAGAUCAUUGCCAAGGUUAAGUCCUCCUCCAAAGAAGUAGCUCAUUUCGACAGUCGGAUACAUAGCAGCCAUGUGCUGGAAAUGAAACUGACCAAGGUGGCGAUGCUGAUUUGCGCUGGCUUCCUGAUCGCCUGGAUUCCUUACGCGGUGGUCUCUGUGUGGUCAGCUUUCGGAAGGCCAGACUCCAUCCCCAUCCAACUGUCUGUGGUGCCAACCCUACUGGCAAAAUCAGCAGCAAUGUACAACCCCAUCAUUUACCAGGUCAUCGAUUACAAAUUUGCCUGUUGCCAAACUGGUGGUUUGAAAGCAACCAAGAAGAAAUCCUUGGAAGACUUCAGGCUGCACACUGUAACCACAGUCAGGAAGUCUUCUGCUGUGCUGGAAGUCCAUCAAGAGGUAUGA